AUGUUCCUGGCCUCAAACGGCGUCUGCACCAAGUGCAACAUUGACUUUUGCGCAACCUGCAACUCCACCGGGCAGUGCACCAAGUGCUGGGACUCCCUAUCGCUUUCAAUGUACCUCGCCCCCAACGGCACCUGCCAGUCCUGCGGCGACUACUGUGCCGAAUGCCGCCCCGAUGGCUCCUGCGCCAAGUGUUGGCCAAACGACAGUUGGACAGAGGAUUACACUGAGCCUACCUUCCUGAUUGUCAGGGCUCCCAAUGGCACCUGCGCCAAGUGCACCAAGCACCCCUGGCGCACAGGCUGCCGCGCCUGCAGCGCUGACGGCAGCAAGUGCACCAAGUGUGGCGAGGGCUCUGUGAUGAUCAACAGCACCUGCCAUCCCUGCAAGGACAAAAACUGCGCCGUGUGUAGCCCUUCACCAGAGAAGUGCCAGAAAUGCAUGAAGAGGCCGGCCUGGGCUGAGUACACCGAUGGCUAUGGCGUUGCCCCAGUGUACAUGGACAGGGAGGGCAACUGCCGCGAGUGCACACACCUGGUUGGCUAUGGCUGCAAGGCCUGUGAUCAGGACGGCAAAUGCAAGCAUUGUGAUCCCGACACUGGCAGGGUCCUGCGCAAUGGCGUCUGUGUGCUGUGUGAUGGCUUGGUGGAGCACUGCAAUGAAUGCACCGCCAAGGGCAAGUGCACUGCCUGCGAAGAUGGCUUCCAUCUGCGCGGCGGCAAGUGUGUUCCCUGCGACCGCAUCGACCCGCUGUGCGAGUAUUGGGAGUCAACACCAGUUUGCAGCAAGCGCUGCGCCACCUGCACUUCAUGGGGCCCCAACAACACCGCCACCUACCUCGACGGGAAUGGCCGCUGCCGGCAGUGUAUGCCCAACUGCCUCAAGUGCAGCCGAGAUGGCCGCUGCCGCACAUGUGAUUCCGGCUUCCGGCUGGUGGGCUCCAUGUGUGUCGAGUGCCGCGACUACAGCGACUGUUGCCUGGUGCCGUUCUGCGACGCAUGCUUGACCCCCACCAAGUGCGAUGCCUGCGCCUCAUACACCUACUUUGGAAAUGGGGAGGUAGACACCGGUGUGUACAAGGACGCCAAGACGGGCCAGUGCCGGCAGUGCCAGCGCGGCUGCAGCGAGUGCAACGCCCGCCGCUGCUUAUGGGCGAGCGAGGGCUAUGUGCUUGUUGGCGGGCAGCCAAAGAGGUGCGCCGACCCGCUCUGCGUAGAGUGUGACGCUGCCACGCAGAAGAAGUGCUUGAGGUGCAACUCCAAGGAAAGUGGGUCGUACAUGUUCCCUGGCGACAUAUAUGUCGGCCCGGCGCCGCCCUACAUCGACGCCCGCGGCAAGUGCCACAAGUGCACGGUGAAGGGGUGCGAGCUGUGUGGCAUCGAUGGGCGCUGCCGGAGGUGCAAGUACGGCUACACCAAGGUGAAGCCGGAGGGCAAGUGCGUGGUGGUGUGA